GCGAAGGGAGAGCCGGGGAGGGAAAGCGGGACAUGCACACGGGCGCAAGCGUGUACACACACAGACGCACACGCGUCCCCAAAGCCUCUCCGCCCCGCACACACCUGCCGCUCCGCCCCGCCCGGCCCGCUGCGGGAGGCGCUGCGGGAGGGGAGAGGCUCCGCGCCUGCAUCCCUCCUCCCGGCCGCUGCACCGGCAGCCCCGGACACCGGAGUCCGGACACGGGUGGGAGGGCGAGGAUGCCCUCCGGGGGGUCGCUCGGGGCCCGCUGAGCUGGACCAGGACGCAGCCGGGACCGGAGCCGGACACGCACUCGGGCCGCAUGUCGGAGCCGCACGCCGAGCUGGAGCCGCAGCAUGGGCUGCACAUGCUCUUUCUGCUGGUGCUCGUCUUUUUCCUCAUGGGCCUGGUGGGCUUCAUGAUCUGCCACGUGCUCAAGAAGAAGGGCUACCGCUGCCGCGCCUCGCGGGGCCCCGAACCCACCGCCCAGGCCCCGUCAGCCGAGGACGACGACAUGGACCAGGACACGGUCGAGCGUAUCGUGCUGUGUAUCAUCCAGAAUGAAGCCAACGCCGAGGCGCUGAAGGAGAUGCUGGGGGACAGUGAAGGCGAGGGGACCCUGCCGCUCUCCAGCCUGGACACGCAGCCAACUGACCAGGAUGGGAGCCCCGGGGGCCCGUCCCACCACCACACUGUGCACUUGGGGUCAUCUGCCCCAUGCAUCCACUGCAGACUCCCCAAGAGACCCCCCCUGGUGCGCCAGGGCCGCUCCAAAGAGGGCAAGACCCGGACCCGGCCUGGCGAGACCACUGUGUUCUCUGUGGGCAGGUUUCGGGUGACACACAUCGAGAAGCGAUCAGGGCUGCAGGAUCAGCGGAACGAGUGUCUGCACGGGAGCCGGACGCUCAGCGUCGGGCAGGACUCCGGGGGCGGGCAGGGGACCCCCACCCACCCCACCCCACCCCCUGAGCGUCCGCGGGCCGGAGCCGAGGGGAAGGAGCUGCAGAACGGGGGGCUCAAGGGCAGCGGGACCCUCCCUCCGCCACCUACCGAGGGGGUCCCCAGAGCCGCGGAGAAGACAGACUUGGCGACCGCGGAGGAGGAGGAGAAGGAGGGUCUCAGGCCGGAGCUGACCAGCAGGGAGACCGGUGGGCAGCCAGCCGGGCCGGAGACCACUAAGCACCAGAAUCAGCCAGGAGGUGGGGACUCAGCGGGGGUGUGAGUACCUCCAUCAUCCCAUUUCCAGGAGCAGCACAGACCCAGCUGGAGCCCCUGUAAUGCUGGGAGGGGAGGGGGAGAGGAGAGAAUCGAGCCACCCCUCAUCCACCCCCUCCAGGAUGGCAUUGCCCCCGACCUCCUCCCCGCAGGCGGAGAGCGGCCCCUCCUGCCCCUCCCCGCCAGCCACCAGAGCACAAAUUGCAGCUCGACGCUCCCGGCCCGGGCCCCCCCUCGCCCUCCACCGCAAGCCUGGGAGCGAGGCCUGAGGCCAGGCCUCUGAAGCAAUACCCCUGCCUCCACCACCACACGCAGGCCCGGAUUCCCCUCGGCCUCCGGCCUUUAUUGCAUUUUCAAUAAAUCAGCUCCAGUCGAGAAGCG